UACGUAGUAGAUACUACAAAUUUAUACGGAGUAUAUCAUCAUAAGAAGAAGCCGGGCACGACGCCCGACUUUGCCUAACAUUUUCCUUUUCCAAGGAAAGACCGGAGAAGAAGAAGCCGUGGCGAGUAAAAGAAGAAGGUGUGACGACCGCUGAAUCUGCAACGCCACGGCUGGUCUGGUCACUCGCAACUCCACGUCCGAGCUGCUCUGCCUAACAAAUCUUAUAUAUUCCCUCUUCUGCCCUUCCCACUACUCCCCGUCGACUUGAUUCGCCGGCGCCGACGACGAGCCCGAUUCGACUCCGACGCACACCACCACGCUGACACAACUCCACAGUCCACGCGCACACAAGCAAAGAAUCCUUUCCUCUCCUCCCAGCGACAACAAAGCCAAGAUGAGCGGGCGCCACCUCGUCCUCCUCCCCUGCCUCCUCCUCCUCCUGGCCGCCGCCGGCAGCGUUGCGUCGGCGUCGAGCCCCCCGAAGGUGAGCCCGGCGGAGGCGACGGGCUUCGUGCGCCGGUGCUGCCGGGCCACGAGCUACCCGCGCGCGUGCGAGCGGAGCCUGGUCCCGCGCGCGCCCGCGGUGGGCCUCAGCCCGCGCCGGCUCGCGCAGGCCGCGCUCGCCGCCGCCGCCGACGCCGCGCGCAACUGCUCCGCCUACAUCGGCUCCCCCUCCUCCUCCUACGCGUCGUCCAAGGGGAAGGGCGCGAUGGGGGACUGCGCCGAGAUGGUGCGCGACGCGGCGGACCUGCUGAGGCAGUCGGCGGCGGAGCUGGGCGGGCGGGUGGGGCGCGCCUCGUCGCCGCGCUUCGCGUGGUGCCUCAGCAACGUGCAGACCUGGGCCAGCGCCGCGCUCACGGACGCCGAGACCUGCCUCGACUCCCUCGCCACCUACGCCGGCGCCGGCGCGCCCCGGGAGGACGUGAGGCGCCGCGUCGUCGCCGUCGAGCAGGCCGCCGGCAUCGCCCUCGCCCUCGUCAACCGCCUCCAGCCCGCGCGCCGCACCGCCACCGCCAGCGCCAGCCACCAGUAGCCGCUGCUGCUAUCUAUCCAUUCCCCGUCGCCGUUGUAGCUACUACAUAUUCUAUUCCCCUUCGCCAUUGCUGCGGCCUCUGCCAGACAUGUGUACGGAUUACAUUACUGCUAGUGAAACAAUUUCACCAUCACCA